AUGGCCACCAACCUCGAGAAUCCCGAGCAAGUCAUUCGAACAAUCCGCUCAUCGAGAGCAUCCUCACCCGCUUCAUCGGUCUCCGGCACCAAGUCAUUGAAGCGCACAACCACAGACGCAGAACACCAACCAUCUACACGACCACCCAAACGCACCCGCUCCACCAACAUCCCAAACGGCAACUCUCGCACCACGCCCACCACAAAGCGCAAGACACCCAAGAAAGCAGCCCCCGAGGCCUCGUACGCACAAUCCUCAUGCGCUUCUUCCACUGAAGAAAAGGAAAAGGAAAAGCCAGAAGUCCCCAAACGAAAGAAGCGAACACCCCGCAAAAGCGAGCAAAAAUUUACCAAGCCCCGUUCAGAAACUGGUAUCCAUACCGAAGCAAGUGACGAAGAAGAAAAGAAUCUAAACAUCUCCCGCGCCGAGCGUGAUGACCUCGUCUUCGAACUCACGCACGAGAAAGCGAGACGGCUCGCCGAGGCCGUCAAUAUACCCGAGGACUCGAACCUGGGCGAAGACGAGCAGAAACUGUUUCUUGAUCUGGCGACGCGAGGCUGCAAGCCCCUUAUGUCUGCGCAUUGGCGGAGGGAUUUCUCCACGCUGCCUGAUUGGCUGUUUACUCGCGAUGACAACGAGGACAACAAGGGUAGCCCGGAUAAAGAAGACGACGACGACGGUGGUGUUAGUGAUGAUGAGCAGUUAGUCUUCAAAUCCCACCGCGGCUCGGACUUCGGCGCUAUCAAAGCCCUCCAACGGCUCCUUGCUACCGGCGGCCAUGUCCGCGACUGCCAGGUGCUGGCUGCUCCCCCACAACGGGUUAUCCAACGGGCUAUACAGCGGUACAUGCGCUGGGUUCUCAACGACGCAGGCCUGAAGACCGAUUCUCCAGUCAUUCCCGUCCACGCAGUAUACGCCCAGAAGAAAGGCGAGAGCACACUAGCAGCCAUUACGCGGAUGAAUUUCAGACUGGAGACACUAGCCAAACGACACCAAACUGCUUUAUCCCGGGCAGCAGAAGUGGAAAGCAAAAGCAUCUCCUGGCCUACCUUGAUCGGAUUCGUGCUCUGUGGCCCCAUCGUGGCACUCGUUUCGCUCGAUACGGAUCCCGGAUCGCUGGGUUGGAGGGAAGAUGCGAGCGUGAAGGUGAAAUAUCUCGGCCAGUUUGAUCUCUCCGAGACGGCGCAGGAUGUGUGGAAUUCCGUUGCGAUUGCUAUCUCCGUUGUGCAUAUCAGGAGGAUUAUGCUGAGGAUGGCGGGUGUUCAUGAGGGUCGUUUCGUGCCAAUGUUUAGGGGGUGGGAUGAGAGGGACGAUGAGGAUAUUUGA